ACCAGGUUGAAUCGCUCCGAAACCUGCGGUCCCCAGGGAGACGCUCAUCUGUAGCUAUAACAUGUCCCUUAAGACCACCGCAAUUAGUGUCGUCUGCUAUUCUAUCCUUUGUUGUCGGCUGCUCGUCGUUCCUUCACAUCACCUUCAUCUCUGGUUUCACGCGCGCACUCGAGUGCAUAGCCGAGACCCGUAACCACCAACAACGACGCAGCUCAGCAAUUUUGCAUUGCAGCCUGGGCACAUUAUUUGGCUGAAGUCUUGUGUGCUUACAGUCGCAGAGUCUAUAAUCCCUUUCAUCCCUUACUCUCAUUCCACCCAACUUCAAGCUAUAUAUAUAUCACUACCUCAUUUCUGAACUUUCGACCUAUUAGCAAAGACCACACUGAAGGACUUUAAAAUGCGGAUCGAAAAAGACGACGGUUCUCGACCUGGUCAUUGCGAAACGAGAAGGAAAUUCCCCGAGAUCAAAGAGCUCUUCCAGAAUCGGCAAUAUGUUUCAUGCGCUUCUCUUUGUGAGCAUCUCUUGACUCGCUCCACCGACAAGUUACACCCCGUUCACUUGGCCUACCUUAACUUCUACCUGGCGCAAUGCCACGAUUCUCUAGCUAGAGAAGUGGCUUUGCGAAAGCGGAGAGCAGAGCUCGAUCUUGCAGAAAAGCAUUAUAUGAUAGCCCUGUCUUCGAUAACUCCUGCUCGAUUAAACACACUUGCCAGCGUUGAGGAAGAUUCUAGUUCACCAGCCUCGCCAGAAAGCCAACACGGUGCCUCACAUUCAAGACGGGCGUCUGAUGCUGUAUCCUUGAACUCCGACCACUCUACUUCGACUGUAGCAACCUCGAUUAUGGACGGAGAUAUUCCACCUUCGAAAUCCGCUUCGCCUAGUAGCAGUCGUUCGGUCCGGUUUAUUACAGCAGAUACAGAAGAAGGCAACCCCACUUCUACUCAUAAGCAACACAAGAGAAGACCUGCGCCUAUCUUCAUAGCCCAGCGUGUUCAAUCAUCGUCGCUCGAGGAGGAGAGGCUGUCGAAAGAUAUGUCGUCUUUUAUUUCGAUGCUGAAGGCACAUAUCGCCAGUGUCCGCGAACUCAAGGAGGUGUCAACUGAGCCAAAUGCUAGAUGGUCUUUCUACGGGCAGCGGAAUUCCAUCGGCACUCGUCCUACCAGCAUGAGCGCCAAUCAUGACCAGGCUACAAUGGAACAGAUCCGGCAGCAACGCAGAAGCGUGUGCUUCCGUCCACGUUUUGACCCUAUGAGUGUGCGCAUGCUUUGCAAGGAUGCUCUGAGCGAGCUUUAGUGCUACCUUGUAAGCACGUUGUCUGCGAGCAGACCAACUACGCGAAUAUGAUCCGAAUCGCCGGCGAUUCAACCAAUGACCCUUAAACGCAAACGAAAUCCCAGAGCAAUGCAGACACGCCUGGAUUUCACUAGCAACCCACUGCUGAUGUGUCGAACAAAAUAUCUUUAUGCCACUUCACCGAAUUCCCUUUUGUCUUGGAGGCCGUUCGAAGCUAUUGAGUUGAUACCCCAGCGAAGCUUGCGUUCAUUCAUGUACUGUAACUAUAGUUUAACUAUAUUUAGCCAAUUAAUUUCACUGUGUCAGAUUGCAGACCUGCGUUUGCC